AUAUCCGCUGUCCAAAUUCCAAACAAAGGUUUUGAGAGGAACGAGCACACGAAAGAAAUGCAGAACCGCCAUUAAACCUCACCGUCUCACACCGGCUCUGCUUUGCCAAUGAUGUCUAGAGGAGUCCAUCUCGUUUCUAAUAAUAUUCCAGGAUAUGGACCACCAGAUGGAAGAUGUCUUCCUUGCUCAAGAGUUUCUGGAAGUGCCAUGGCUGCACCAUCUUAUUCAACUUUUCCACAGGUCAAAUCAAUGAAAACCCUGGUUCUUGCUUACAAGAGAGCAUCUAUUGCAUGUUCUGCUAAUUCCAACAGUCACAGAAGAAACCCAGAUUUCUCAAGACAAAACAGACAGGGGAUCUCCAGAAGCAGGAAUAGACAAACCCCAGAGAGAGAGAGCUCGGAAAACCUUGAAGAACCUGAGCUGUUAUCAUCAAAAAAUGGGCCAUUAUUCUCACUUUCCAGCAGCCCAAGGUUUCAGGCUACUGCUACCCCGGGUCCAAGAGAAAAAGAGAUUGUUGAACUGUUCAGAAAGGUCCAGGCUCAGCUCCGAGAGCGAGCAGCAAUGAAGGAAGAAAAGAAGAUUGAAGCCUCACAAGGACGAGGUAGGGAGAGUGAAACGGUUGAUUCCCUUCUUAAACUCUUACGUAAGCACUCAGUUGAGCAAGGGAAGAGAAGAAGCAGUGGAACAAGCAAAAGCUUUGUCCUGGACCAAUCGGAACAAAGCAAUGUGUAUGAUGAAGAGCAGAAUACAAGCUUCUUUGAUUCGAAUAGCAUCACAAGGGAUGAGGUGCAAGUAUCAAGUGCUCCUUCAUUUACAAGACCAGCUUCAAAUUUCCGACGCAAGUCUCCGGUCCCUAGGGUAAAAUAUCAGCCUGUUUAUUCAACGGAAGAUGGUCCAAGCCUUACAUUGGACUCUCCUCCGAAGUCAUUAGGGAGGAGAAAGAAAAACAUGACUGAGCCGAAGUUGAGGCGUGAACCAGAGCCUGAGCCCGAGCCCGAGCUGGAGCCAGAGCCAGAGCGAGAACCAGAGCCUGAGACUGAGCCAGAGGCUAUUUUUUCAGAUAGUGAAGGGGAAGCAUUUGGUGAGUUGGUUGAAUCGUCUUCUGACACUGAGGAAGUGUACCAUGAUGAUGAGGUAAUGGAGGAACCUACCAACCAGAUGGACUUGAGUAAACUAAAGCUUUCUGAACUCAGGGUAGUUGCAAAGUCUCGUGGUGUGAAAGGUUUCUCCAAAUUGAAGAAAGGCGAACUUCUGGAACUACUUGGUAGAAAUCAGGCUUGAUGUCAAACCAAACUGAGUCGGUCCCGUCCCCAUAGACUAUAGUAUUUGAAAGAGUGUAUCAGCUUUUAGUUCAUUUAUCUUCCUUCCUGUCUUUCUGAAUCCAUAGAUAUAUGCUUUUUUGCUUUCUUAUCCCCUACUACUAGUACCUAUACAUUAUGGAAUUCCAGGCUUUCCCUUGUUUGGCAGGGAUUUUUGAAUCAACUGUAGGAUCUCUUCCGUCGUCCCUUUCUUCUCUGUUUGCUAAUGGGACUAUUUUUUCCGUGAUA